AUGAUCACGUUGGAUAGGAAGCUUGAUGUCUUGGUCAAGGCUUUCAAUGGUUCGAAUCUUGGCAACCAAGCUUGUGGAAUUUGCUCACUUUCGGAUCACUCUACAGAUUCAUGUCCGAAUGGUGCUUUGAGUGAGGCGGAGUUGAACUUUAUGGUCCCUGCUGAUCCGAAAUCCACUCAAGCCGUGCUUGAGAAAGGUAAGUCUUUUAGCUCUAAUGGUUUAGUUUCUACUAAUGUCCAUGCUCGUGCCCCUUUCCUCAACAGGUUUGCUAAAUCAAAGCACGAUGAAGCUGAUCAUGCAAUGAUUGAGUUAUUCAAGAAGGUGGAAGUAAACAUGCCAUUGCUUGAGUGCAUUCAACAAAAUCCAAAGUAUGCGAAAUUCUUGAAAGAGUUGUGCACCAACAAGAGGCUACCACGAGAGAAGGAUGUAGCGGUAAUGAAUAAAACAAUCUCUGCGGUUUUUCAAAGGAAACUACCACCUAAGCUUAAGGAUCCAGGGAGUUUUUCGAUUCCAUGCACCAUUGGUACUCAUAGUUUUGAUAAGAUCAUGUUAGAUCUAGGUGCUUCGAUUAAUGUUAUGCCCUCUUAUCUUUAUGCGGACUUAGGUCUAGAUUUCUAUGUCAUUGACAUGGAACCGGCGGAUGCAGAUGACAAAAAAAUUCCCAUUCUAUUGGGAAGGCCAUUCAUGAGAACCGCAAGGACCAAAAUUGAUGUCUACUUAGGGGAACUAACUUUCGAAAUAGAUGGAGACAUCAUUAGUUACAAUGUUUUUGAUGCGAUGAGGUAUCCACUUCCUGAACUUUUUCGAGAUUUCUUUUCUAUUGAUGUUGUGGAUGAUCUUGCGGAUGAAUAUGUGGAGACAAUAGCUCAAGACACCUUGGCACUCACCUUGGCAAAAGGAAUCAGAUUUGAUGCCAUGGGGAACAACAUCACCUUAGCUCAAUACACCGUGCCUCUGCCCUUGCUUGAGAUCGUGCAGUCGCUUGAGGUGGCUGCCGAGGUAUGCUACUCCUCCCCUAGUCCAAUUCUCUUUCCAUCUAACAAGUUUCUUCCUUCCAUUAUCCAAGCCCCAAAAUUAGAUCUCAAGGUUCUUCCGGAACAUUUGAAGUAUGUGUAUUUGGGAGAGAAUGAAACGUUGCCAGUUAUCAUAUCAUCAUCACUAGAGAAGGAGCAAGAGGAGAGAUUGAUCGAAGUUUUGAAAAGACACAAGAUGGCCAUAGGUUGGACCUUAGCCGACAUCAAGGAAAUUAGUCCUACAAUGUGUGUUCAUCGAAUUUUGCUUGAAGAUGGAGCAAAACCGACCAAGGAGGGUCAACGACGUCUUCAUCCACCUAUGAUGCAAGUUAAGAGCGGAAUCACGGUGGUGAGGAAUGAUGAAAACGAGCUUGUGCCGCAAAGGACCGUAACCGGCCACCGAGUGUGUAUCGAUUAUAGGAGGCUCAAUGCAACAACAAGGAAGGAUCACAUGCCGUUGCCAUUUAUUGAUCAAAUGCUUGAGAGGUUAGCCGGUCAUUCCUUCUAUUGUUUUCUUGACGGUUAUAGUGGUUACAAUCAAAUACGUGUUGCGGAAGAGGAUCAAGAGAAGACAACGUUUACAUGUCCCUUUGGCACUUUUGCCUACCGCCGCAUGCCUUUUGGUUUGUGCAAUGCUCCAGCUACGUUUCAAAGAUGCAUGUACCACAUAUUUUCUGAGUUCAUAGGUUCUAUGAUUGAAGUCUUUAUGGAUGAUUUUUCUGUUUAUGGUGGAGAUUUCGAUGCAUGUUUAGAAAAUGUAGAACUUGUGCUUAGGAGAUGUGAGGAAACUAAUCUUGUGCUUAAUUGGGAAAAAUGUCACUUCAUGGUUACUCAGGGUAUAGUACUCGGCCAUAUUGUUAGUUCUAGGGGUAUUGAGGUUGAUAAAUCUAAGAUAGAUCUUGUGCGUCACUUACCCAUCCCCACAAGUGUGAGGGAUGUUCGAAGCUUUCUUGGACAUGCAGGUUUUUAUCGUCGAUUUAUCAAAGAUUUCUCCAAGAUAGCUCGGCCCUUGAGUUUGUUGCAAAAAGAUGUGCCCUUCCACUUUGAUGCCGAGUGCAAGGAGGCUUUUGAGCGGUUGAAAACCAUGUUGACAUCGGCGCCGAUCAUGGCGCCACCGGAUUGGUCCUUGCCCUUCGAGUUGAUGUGUGACGCCUCAGACUAUGCCGUGGGGGCUGUGCUCGGACAGAGAAAAGAACAGCAGCCGUAUGCCAUAUAUUAUGCCUCUCGGAUGCUCAAUGAUGCGCAACAGAACUACACCACCAUCGAGAAAGAACUUCUUGCCGUGAUCUUUGCUUUGGAUAAGUUUCGUUCUUCCUUACUCCAAUCUAAAGUUAUUGUUUACACUGACCAUGCGGCUUUGAAGUAUUUGUUGACAAAGAAGGAUGCCAAGCCGAGAUUGAUAAGGUGGAUAUUGCUUCUCCAAGAGUUCGAUUUGGAAAUCAAAGACAAGAAGGGGUCGGACAACGUUGUUGCCAACCACCUUAGCCGGUUUGUGUCGUAA